UAAAUCUAGUGUAGCGUGUUCCAAAACAGUACCGUAUUUAACAGUACUGUUAGGAUUUCCCAGCUGAAAUGUUAUCGGCAAGGCUUCUUUCCAUGUGCAUUGUUGUGCUCUGUGUGAGCUGCAUACGUCCUGACACUCAGACUGUUCCAAGGACAAAGGUGACUCCGACUGUUGUGAACGACACCAUCAUUUGGACCAGCGGCCUUGAGGGAGAGAUCCACACCUACAGGACGCCCUCUAUCUUCGUCACGCCGAAUGGCACCCUGCUGGCUUUCUGUGGCGCGAGGAAGGAUGGCAGAGGGGACAAUGACAGGAAGAUUCUGGCGAUUAGAAGAUCCGAAGACAAAGGGAAGACAUGGCUACCGACAUCCUUCCUGGUGGACGACGGUUAUGAGAAGGGUGUUCUCUUUGUCGGAACGCCGUUUGCUGACUCCGACUCCAACACGGUGUUUGUGAUGUUUGUUCACUGUCUGAACAAGUGUGAGGUUCCGGACCUUCUACUGAUCAACAGCACGGAUGACGGGGUCACCUGGGGUCAACCCAGGAACGUCAGUCCGCGAUCGAACGGUACCAGGAGUUUCGACGCCGGGCCAGGAUACGCCAUCCGCAAACGCCAGGAGCCUCAUAAAGGUCGGUUUGUCGUCUGUGCGCAUGGAAGGGGCCAGGACAAACCCAGGGGCAUCACUCUGUUGCUAAGCGACGAUGGAGCUAAAACAUGGCGGGAAGGGGGCUUCCUUCCCACCAUGCCUUGCGGGGUCGAUAAGAAGGUCAAAGACUUCUCGCCAGGAGAAUGCCAGGCCGUGGAACUAUCUGACGGCUCUCUGCUCGUCAUGAUCAGGAACAGAGUACGAUGUUCCUGCCACUGUAAGGCCUUUGCACGCAGCUAUGACGGAGGACAGACCUUACCUAACAACACCUUGUACUUCGACCAGACCCUGAUCGAACCGCCCACGCAGGCCGGUUUACUGUACCACAAUGGUGUUCUGUUUUUCAGCGGGCCCAACAGCGCUGAUGAACGGGUAAACAUGACGCUGAAGUGGAGCUAUGACAACGGGGCCACCUGGGGAGGGUCUCUGCUCAUUUCUACCGAGAUGGCCGGAUAUUCAGUCCUGGCAGAGGAUCCCACAGACGACAAACACUUGUAUCUGAUCUACGAAAGGGGCAUAAAUAGUUCUGUGGACUUUCUCUCAGUCGCAAAAAUUCAACUGUUCAACCUUUUGUGUUCCCCAGAUGAGGUCCGUACCGGUACGUACCGCCAGCUGUUCCACCCCGAGCAGCUCAUCAGUGGGAAGGAGGACGCCGCCAACAACUACGCCCGCGGACACUACACUGUCGGCAAGGAGCUGAUCGACCUCACCCUAGACAGGGUCCGUAAGCUGGCCGACCAGUGCACUGGUCUCCAGGGCUUCCUCGUCUUUCACUCCUUCGGCGGCGGCACCGGGUCCGGCUUCACCUCUCUCCUCAUGGAGCGUCUGUCUGUGGACUACGGCAAGAAGUCCAAGCUUGAGUUCGCCAUCUACCCAGCCCCCCAGGUGUCCACGGCAGUGGUGGAGCCCUACAACGCCAUCCUGACCACCCAUACGUCCUUGGAACACACCGACUGCGCCUUCAUGGUAGACAACGAGGCUAUCUACGACAUCGCCCACCGUAAUCUGGGCAUCGAGCGCCCGACCUACACCAACCUCAACCGUCUGAUCGGACAGAUCGUGUCAUCCAUCACCGCCUCCUUGCGGUUCGACGGCGCACUGAACGUGGAUCUCACGGAGUUCCAGACCAACUUGGUGCCCUACCCGCGCAUCCACUUCCCGCUGGCCACCUACGCUCCCGUCAUCUCGGCAGAGAAAGCCUACCACGAGCAGCUGUCUGUAUCAGAGAUCACCAACGCCUGCUUCGAACCCGGCAACCAGAUGGUUAAGUGUGACCCUCGUCAUGGCAAGUACAUGGCCUGCUGCCUGCUGUACCGUGGAGAUGCGGUGCCUAAAGACAUCAACAGCUCCAUCGCCGCUAUCAAGACCAAGCGCACCAUCCAGUUCGUCGACUGGUGCCCCACCGGCUUCAAGGUCGGCAUCAACUACCAGCCUCCCACCGUGGUGCCCGGCGGUGACCUGGCCAAGGUGCAGCGUGCCGUGUGCAUGUUGAGCAACACCACCGCCAUCGCUGAGGCCUGGGCCCGCCUGGACCACAAGUUCGAUCUGAUGUACGCCAAGCGCGCAUUCGUGCACUGGUACGUGGGUGAGGGGAUGGAGGAGGGAGAGUUCUCCGAGGCACGUGAGGACCUGGCAGCACUGGAGAAGGACUACGAGGAGGUCGGGCUCGAUUCCGGGGACGGAGAUGAAGAAGGCGAGGAUGAAGGCGAGGAAUACUAGCUCCUCACAAAUAUCAAAAUAGAAUGCAAAUGUACAGUAACAGGAAAAAUAAAGUUAUAACUGGUUAACCACAGAGGUUAACAGGCUUGCUAUUUUGGUCUUUGACCUUCAUGGACUUAGAUAAAAGUAAUCAGCUCCUUAUACAAAUUAUCCCCGCUCUAUUCCAUUUUGUGUCUGGACCGUUCAUGCAUUGUUGAUAAAGAAUUAGAUGCUCUCCUCUAUGUCGACGAAAGGAAGGGAAUACUGUGGCUGCGACUGAGACAAAGAGACAGACAGACAGACAG